UAAAAUAAGGAAACCUCAGUAGCCUUUACCUAGUGGGCAGUGGCUGCUGCUUCUCAGUUCUCAGUUCUAUCUCCCUAGUCUCUACCAUCUCUCAACUCACUUGCUACUUUUUUCAAUUCUUUACAGUUUACAAACACCUCUCUCUCUCUCUCUUUAUCUUCCUCUGCAAAUUUAUUGUUGUGCCAGUUACAAUUUCAUGCUGCCCUUUUUGUACUUCCUUCUUAAUCUACAGAAUUUUCAUCUUCCUCUCCUCACUCACACACGCACUCUUAUUAUAGCCAUCUCCGGGUUUUUACUGCAGAAAAUUUGAAAUGCUUUGGCUUUUGUUUCUUUUCAAGUUUCCCCAAUAGCUAAAAGUACUCAUCUAAACCUCAUCUUGUUGCUUUCUACUCUGUAUUCUUCUUUAUCAAGGCUAAAAUGUCAAUGCCACUAAGCCAGCAACCACCGGCAGUGACUGUAGGACAGGAACCCUUCCACACUCUCUCAACCCACACCACAAUUGGCCCUGUUAUUGCAGUACUUAUAGUUAUAAUGAUUUUAGGCAUAGUUGCAGUUAUGAUUGGGAGGAUUUGCUCAGGAAGGAGAAUCUUGGGUUAUGGACAGUAUGAUAUAGAGAGUUGGGCAGAGACAAAAUGCUCUUCUUGCAUUGAUGGAAGGAUAAGCCCUUCACUCCCGAGGCCGCCUAAUGUGUUUGCAACCUCUGCUCCAUCAUCAUCAAUGCCUGCCCAAACCAAUCAAGAAGAAACCAAGCAGGACGACCAAUCUCCUCACCACCCACCUGAAAAUCUUGAUUCUUGAACAUGGGUCCGCUUUUUUUAUUUAUUUUUGGGAUUUAUUGGCCCUCUUUUACUUCCAUAGUUGCUCACCAUUCUUGUGGAACCAGUGUUGCUUGCUAGUGUAUUGGGCCACUGUUGCCGACGUGAAUUUUUAGAUGCAAGUUCUAAUGGGUGUUUUUCAGGUGAUAA